CACACUCAUUCAUCUAUUCUGUAUUUCUACUUUUCAUCCAACCAAAAAGAACGCAUCGUUACGGAUCGCAUAUUGUCAUUCUGAUACAUCAUGUUUACCAAUGUCCGCACAAUAUGGGCUAUCAUCUUCUUGAAGUUAUUCACGUUGGCCACAGCAACUCUUAGUCCUUGUAUUGCAUAUAACGACAACAUCAUGUACUUUAUUUAUCCAAAUUCCAUAAUAACAUUUGAUACAUCUAGUAACAAAGCAUCCACCCAAACCCUUUCCGCUGGACCAUCCGGCGACAACGUGUGUGCUCAGCAGCCUGGGACGGAUUCGGUGGUGAUAGGAAAGGUUUCAUCUGUUACAGAUGGACAAGGUCAAAACCUAAUGUUGAAUCCAAACAUGCCUUCUGGACAGACGCUGGCCAUACUUUCACUUAGAAGUUUAACGGCAUCAUAUGUUCCCUACACACAAACAGGCGAUGCUCCAUUGUUGACAUGGAGCUUAGCCACACCAUCUGCUACCUUUCUGAACUCCACUUGCCUGUUUUCCAUAACACCGUUCAACAGUACAUUUGGAGCUUUUCUUUAUACGUUCAGCUCCCCAACCCUAAAUCAGGGAGCUACGGUAGCAUCGUACAUUGUGAAUACCGAUGGCAUUGAUAUGACAAGCUUAGCGCAUGCUGGUAUUGCGGUUGUAAAUGGUAAUGUGUAUAUUGCUGGAGGGUAUGCAAGUAAUGCGAUAUAUGGCUUAAACGGCCUGUCUUUGCAAAAGAUAACUAUAUCGGGCAUGCUACCAACUGGCGCCAUUUCAGCAGCAGGUUAUACGGAUGCUAUGACAAACAAACAAUUGGUGGCAAUGAUCAGCGCAUCGGAUCCCUCUAUAUGGAUGUUUGAUCCCUUCAGCAACAUUCUGCAAAAUUCAGCGACUGGGCCGCAAAAUUUUAGUGAGCUAAUACUGGGAUCGACAGGACAGCAAUUGCUCGCUUUUGACCCUAAUUGGGGUCAGAUGCAGAAGUUCUUUCCAAACAAUGGUUCCUGGAUUAUAUUGAACGCGACGGUUCCUUCUAUCUCUCCUCCAUCUUCUUCUUCACUUCCCACAGAACCUUGUACGCCGUUGGCACCGAUGACGCAAUCAGAUGAAGCAAUAGGAGAUCCACACGCUGCAGCUAAAAUAGGAGGUGCCGUUGCGGGUGGGGUUGUAGCUCUUGUGUUUCUCUCUUCUAUGGUAUGGUUAUGUCAUAGGCGAAGACGACGUGCUAUCCGACCUAGUUCCAGCGAUCACCCUCAACUAGACACAAGGGUCCCUACCAGCGAAACCAUCGUAUCCACCAUGCCACCAGAGUCUAAGCCUGAAGUCAAGCGCUACAACUUCAAUGCAAAAAUACCAAGCUUCCGAAUGCUCAAUACCAGUGCCAUUGCUGUAUUAUACCCUACUUCAGCCAAACAUGCUAGUAAUAAUAUAUCUGCUAAUCCCACAGCACCUGAAGGCACAAUUAUGUUUACCCGCUACGAACUUAUACAGUCCGUCAGACUGAACUCUUUGGCGGACGGCACCGCUUUCCGUGUGGCUCGCGAUGUCAAACGAUUUGGCGAUCUAGUCAUACUGAAAUUCAUGAUCGAUCAAAAUGAUUUUGAUAAAGACUUAUCAACAACUCGUUAUCUAAAAUCAAGUUACGUAACGACUGCUAUUGACAGCUUUGAAUUGCCGAGCUCCAUAACCCAGCAUCGAUAUAUAUCCAUUUGGCAAUACCGACCGAGCCUGGCGUCUUUGAUGAAUGAUGGUCGGCUUGAGCGCAAUGAUCAUGCGCUAUUACGGAAAAGUGCUCGUUCCCUAUGUGAAGCGGUUCAGUGGAUCCACAGCAAAGGGAUUGUGCACUUACAACUUCAGCCUAUAUCUAUUGUCCAUGAGCGCAACAACCCAUCACACUGGCUGAUUACGGACUUCCAGCACGCUUGUGCCUUGACAGUUGCAGGAAAUGAUGUGGUGGAGCCGAUAGAUUGGUCGCUUACACUCAAUGCGUACAGCGCACCGAACAUGUUUAAAAAUGAGGGAAGAUUGGAGAUUCCUGCCACGGCUGAUCUAGAUAUUUGGAGUUUGUGGUGUAUUCUGGUCGAAAUGGCGACAGGGGUAGCUCCAUUUCAUAAUACCAUGGCUGCCAAAAGGCAACAACUUGCAGUAUGUCCGGAUGAUCCAGCAGUUCGGCGGCUUGUAAAAACUGUGUUGGACCUUAUACCAACUCUUGCAUCUGUCCAUAGAAGACAUCAAAAUGUACUAUAAUCUCUGUAUCCUGUCACACGUGCCAUCAUCCGCAUUAUGGGUGAAUAAGCUAUAGAUGGAAUAAAUUUGAUAACAGAAUGUUGUAGUGUGCAUAGGAAGGAUAGUCCAUACGCAUAUCUCGUUUCACAAAAGG